AUCACAGCACUGUCACAGAAGUUUAUUUUCAUACGUCAACUCAUUGACCAAUAAGUAAAGAGUUUAUUUAAAACUGUGCGGGUUGCUCUGAGGAAGAAAUGAAGGUACAAGCAACAUGUUAUGAAUUUUUAACUAUAAUUUUUAUUUUCUUCGAAAAUUCAUUCUCACCGAAAGCGGCUUUAAAGUCGUGUACUUCAAGAUUAGGCUCGAGCAGACUGUGAGAGAGAUGAUUUAUUUUAUAAGUUUUUCAGCUUUGGUGAUCUUUUCGUUGCCACAAUCACGUGGGCAAGAUUUUACUCUCACCCGGGAAAAUGUGAACGCACUUCAAAAACUUGAGGAGCGGUUACUGCCCGCGCUAGAUGAAUUCAUUACCAACAAAGAGGAGAAUUUGAAAGAACUCGAAAGGAUGAUCAGUCAAACGGAAACUGUUAAGACACUGUCUAGUGAAAGUAUUGAAAGUUACCUAGGGACACCGUUAAAUCAAUACUUCACUAUCAAGAGGUUUAUCGACGAUUGGGGAACUCUUACAGAACUUAUGGACUCGGAUAGUUCCAACAAAAAUCUACUCUCCCAAAUAAGGAAAGAGGAGAAUGUGCUCCCAGGCCAGGCCGAGCUCAACAAUGCAUUAUGGGACCUGGAGAAAUCAAGUGGCAUUGAUCCAGAGGGUUAUCGGGUAUUUUUAUGACGAACAAUGUAACAU